GUGAAAUGUGAGAAAAGAAGGUGCCGAGUAGGGAAAUAUAACUCGGAUGGAGGAGGGAGCUACGUGUAUUUUGCCGCAGAAAAUGCGAGUUUACCGCCGCGGCAUGACUUUUAUAAAACGGGGAACCCCCAAGGUGUGUUCUUAUAAUUUUAUAUCCGAUUUAACUUGGAUGGUAUCAUUGGCUGUCUGCUCGAGUCAAGUGAAGAUCAAAAUUAACAAUGAGUUCAGAAAUGCUUCGAGCAGGAGGGCUUAUUAUAUUUAGAAGACUCCAAAUAGGAAUUGAAUACUUACUGCUCCAAACAUCAUAUGGAAAACAUCACUGGACACCACCCAAAGGCCAUCUGGAUCCAGGAGAGGAUUACCGUAUCGCAGCUCUGAGAGAGACGGAGGAAGAAGCGGGCUAUACCAAUGAUCAGCUCACAGUUACAGACUUCAAGAGCACUCUCAAUUACAUUGUCAGGAAUAGACCAAAGGAGGUUGUCUAUUGGCUAGCUGAGCUGAAGGAUCCUAAUGCAGGGGUGAAAUUGUCCAAUGAGCAUCAGGAUUUCAAGUGGUGCGACUUGGAGGAAGCCUGUCGGCUGUCAGGAUACAGCGAUAUGGAAAAGGUGUUACGGGAUGCACAUAAACAUUUACAAAGCUGAUGUGCAUAUCAGCCAAGUCUGAUAUAGUCUUGAACCUAAACUUAAGUUAAAGACAACUUAUCUUGGGACAUCAUGGAGAUUUACACAUUGAGUGGAUAUCCAAUUAUCCAUACCGUAGAUGUUAUAUUGACCACUGAGAAUACACUGUAAUUUUAUGAUUGACAGAUCUGCUUCCAUCAAGUGGUUUCCAAUGAAAGUGUUCAAAAUGUUUGGCCUGGGAGUGGAAGGGAAGUUUGAGCUCUUUGAGCUCAAGGUCUCGCUGUUCAGUAUCCAGUGUCAUGUUCUAAGUAAUCCUGAUUGGAAAUGUAACAGUUUUUUGUGUUUUCUUUUUUUCAGCAAAUAUUAAAUAUUUAAAAAAGUAUUAGUUAACUUGGAAUUAAUUUAGAAUAAAUAUCUCUUGUCUAUAGUUCAUCAAGAUAAAAAAAACACUAUACUUUGUCUUUUGACAAUACUUCAUGUUAAAGUACCCAUAUUUCACAUUAAAUUAAGUGUCUAGGGUGCAAAUUAGUUCACCAACUGCACAUAGCUCCUGUAUUUCAGGUGCUGUUGAGAAAAAAGAAGAACGAACAAAUAAUAAAUAUAACAUUACAUAAUAUAUAUAUAUGUGAUGUUUGUAUGACCUGUUUGGGAAUGCAUUGAACUUGUCAAAACAAUGAUAAUAUAGCGGUGUGUCAUUUUCUAAUGCUAUAUUUGAGGUAAAUAAUAUAUUUUCGUCAAU